AUGGCCUCUACGGUUUGUGGAAACAUAUCCUUAAGUGGACCAGCUGCCAUCGCAAAUCCAGAGUGGAAUCACACCCGGCCAAUUCAGAUAGGAGACUAUCAGUAUGAUAAAUACGCACAGAAAAUUAGUUACAGUGCAGGCAACAGCUUAGGCUUGUUGGACUGGCAACAAAGUAACUGUAAUUAUUCUAGUCGUGAUCCUAAUACCGAUAAUCUCCCCGAUUUCAACGAUGGUUUGGCCAUUGACUCCUAUGAAUCGCCGUACUAUCGAUAUCUCUCGCAGACGAAUUCUAUUAUCCUUCCAGGCCUAGAGGCUGGUUCUGGAGACUCUGGGACUCUUCAUUAUCCAGCUGCAUCAUUCGAAAAUUUUUCGCCGGUCACAGAUGUGCCAGAUUACGAGCCAGUACAGUUUCCGAAACGAAGGGCCGAUCCUGGGAAUUUCAUCCCCCACUACAAAACUCCAAGAGACUCAAAUGUGCUAAACCGCGAGCCGUACUAUGACCAACCAAGUAGUUGUGCACGCAGCCAAUACGUACCUCUUUCUCCAGACUUACUCUCGCCAAUUUCGCCGAGAUACAUAAUCGGCAAGGAAGAGCUUCUGAUCGACGAUGAGCAAGUACCAGAGACACCAUAUCCUAAAGCUCACCAACCCGACAGCUUUCUUUGUCGCAAUAACUGCGACGGAAAUUAUGUUGGCCUUCACUCAUGUUUCCGGAACGGUAACGAAUUGCUCAUUGCUUGCCGGUAUAACGAUCGCGAAUGCUCUUCCACUUUUGCAACACGAAAUGGGUUUAAUUCCCAUUUCAACUCUGUACACAUACAGGAAAAUCCAGGACCGCAAGUUUUGAUCGACUGUCCGGUAGCGGGGUGUGCAAGGGUAGGUUCCAGGGGAUUCAAGAGGAAGGACAAUAUGCUACAGCACAGAAGGGGUGUUCAUGGAGAGGAAAUUCAAAAGAAGUACAUGAGAUUUGGACAGGCAGGAUUAGCGCACAGAAAACUGAGGGAUAUUAUUAUGGUGUUAGGAGUUGGCACGAUUUUUGGUACUGGAAAGCAGGCAUAUAUUCAUUUAUCAUUUUCUCCAGGCGGACUUUGUGACCAAUGGCGCCCAAAUUAA